CUUCGCCGCAAUGUCUGCCCGUCACGCUUCCUCCUUCCAGAAAAUCAAGGUCGAGAACCCCGUCGUUGAGCUCGACGGAGAUGAGAUGACCCGUGUUAUCUGGCAAAACAUCAAGGAUAAGCUCAUCCACCCUUACCUCGAGCUCGACAUCAAGUACUACGAUCUCGGUAUGGAGGCGCGUGAUCAGACGAAUGACCAGAUUACUGUUGAUGCCGCAGAGGCGAUUCAGAAGUACAACGUCGGUAUCAAGUGCGCGACCAUCACCCCCGAUGAGGCCCGUGUCAAGGAGUUUGGAUUGAAGGAGAUGUGGCGCUCACCCAACGGUACCAUCCGUAACAUCCUCAACGGUACCGUUUUCAGAGAACCCAUCGUCAUCCCCUCCGUUCCCCGUUACGUUCCCGGAUGGCAAAAGCCCAUCAUCUGUGGUCGUCACGCGUUCGGUGACCAGUACCGCUGCACCGACUUUGUCGCUCCCGGCCCCGGUAAGUUCGAGAUCGUCUACACCCCCAAGGAAGGCGAGAAGAAGACCAUGGAGGUCUACAACUUCGAGGGUGAGGGCGGUGUUGGGUUGGCAAUGUACAACACGGACGCUUCUAUCCGCGGUUUCGCCAAGUCUUCCUUCGAGUACGCUUUGUCCCGCGGUAUGCCCCUCUACAUGGCCACAAAGAACACCAUCUUGAAGAGAUAUGACGGCCGUUUCAAGGAUAUCUUCCAGGAGAUCUACGAGAAAGACUUCAAGUCCAAGUUCGAGGCCGCUGGGUUGUGGUACGAGCACCGUCUUAUCGACGACAUGGUCGCGCAGAUGAUCAAGUCCGAGGGUGGUUUCGUUAUUGCCUUCAAGAACUACGAUGGUGACGUGCAAUCCGACAUUAUCGCCCAAGGUUACGGUUCCCUUGGGCUCAUGACUUCCGUCCUCAUCGCUCCCGAUGGCAAGACGAUCGAGGCCGAGGCCGCACAUGGCACGGUCACCCGUCACUUCCGCGAACACCAAAAGGGCCGCGCAACCUCCACCAACCCCAUCGCCUCCAUCUUUGCCUGGACCCGUGGUCUCGCCCACCGUGGUCGCCUCGACAACAACCAGCCCCUCGUCGACUGGGCCGAGAAGCUCGAGAAGGCGUGUGUUGACACUGUCGAUAAGGAUGGUAUCAUGACCAAGGACUUGUUUUUGAUUUCUCAGCCGAAAGCGAAGAGUGGAUGGGUCACUACUGAUGAGUAUUUGGCGGGUGUUCAGAAGAGGUUGAAUGGAGAGUUGGAGGGAUCUAAGCUCUAA